AUGCAACAUAAACGUUCCAAAAGCACGAGGAAAACUAUCAAUGUAAAGGUCACACCGACCGAAACUUUAGACCAAAAAGAAUCUACAGAAUUAACUGAGAGUGGGUCGAGUGAAUCAAGCGAGGUACAACAGCCACCACUACCUCCUGCACCAACAGCAGAAACAGGCAAACCUCUAAAAAUGAGGCUAACGGUCGUAUCAAGAGCGACCAGAAGCUCAAAACAAACCCCUGAACCAGAAGAAAUUAGUAAAAACAACGGUGAAACAAACGAUAAUGAGAAAAAGCCAACUACGAUCCAACUAGUAACCAAAAAGUCUAAACGAAAACGACAAGAGGUUACAACUGAUAAUCAAGAAAAGCGCGCAUCGAAAGCUAAAAGAACCACUAGAAGCAAAGCCAAACCAAGCACUGAAAUCGAUGAUGUAAAAGAGGAGGAGCAGAUAAAAGGGGAAGAGCAUGAAGCUUCAAUCUUCGAUGUUGAAGAACCCAAGAAAAAACGAAAGAAAAAUUUUUCUCCAAUUAAAAAAGGUGCUCGACUAAUAAUAAAAUCAAAAGAAUCGAGCAAUUAUCUUACCGAAUCAUCCUCAUCAGGGGAAGACGAUAAGAAAGGUACUUUGAUUAAAAACGAGGCAACGAACGAAGGAACAUCAUUUGAGGAUCUUUUGCCGGAGAUAGGUUCACAAGUCGCUCCUGUCUUGAUCCAGAGAAAGUCGAAGACGAUAUUUGAAAAAUUCAAUCGCAAAAAUAAAGAAAAAGAGUCGAAUUACGAAGAAGGAUUAAAUUAUGAUAAACACACGGAAAUGACCGAUUCACAAGUCGCUCGUGUCUUCUCAAUCAAGGAAAAAGCUGAAGAAGAAGAAUCAAAUCAUGAUAAUGACGCGGAACUUCAGAAAGAACUAAGGAAAAUAUGGAACUCUAUCAAAAAUAACAGAGAUUCCAAAGGCAGACAAAUGACAUUGCUUUUCGAAACGCUUCCUGAUAAGGAAGAAUAUCCUGAUUAUUAUGAAGAAAUCAAACAACCAAUCGCAUUAGAUAACAUUAAAUCCAAAAUAAAUGCAAAUGAAUAUCUUGACAUGAAGGCCUUUCAUGCGGAUUUUAAUUUAAUGUUCGAAAAUGCAAAGACAUAUAACGCUGAAGGCUCACAGAUAUAUCAAGAUGCCGUACAAUUGCAAAAGUUAGCACAGAAGCUCACCGGUGUAAAAUCAAACAGUAGCAACAGCGAAGAUCUUGAAGCCCUUGAAGAAAUCAUAUACAAAGGAGAAACAUAUCAAAUUGGUGAUUUUGUCGAGCUAGUCAAUAAAUUGGACAGCACGAAGCCUAAUCUUGGACAUAUCUACCGAAUGUGGAAAGAUGCCAAAGGGAAAGAAGGGAUCUAUGUGUGUUGGUUUUAUCGCCCUGAGCAGACUGUUCAUCAGGCAAAUCGACUAUUCUGGGAAAAUGAAAUUUUUAAAACUAAUACAUUCCACGACUAUUCGAUCAAUGAUGUCAUCGCUAAAUGCUUUGUAUUACAGCCGAAAGAUUAUCAACGAGGGCGUCCUAAAGGCAGUGAAGGGAAAAAUGUGUAUCUUUGCGAGUCAAGAUAUCGUGAAGUAGGAAAAUAUUACUCGAAAAUUAAAUUCUGGGAUAAAAUAAUUCCCGAAGGAGCACGCGUCGGAAGACCAGAAUUGGAAUUAUAUCCUGAAGUAAAAGUAAUCAAAAAAGUUCCAAGUUCACUUGCUAUGGAAGCAGGUGCAACAAAACCUAGAAUACUUCCAUCUCAAACAGCGAGCCAAUUCGAUCAUGAUAAAGAUGGAAAAAUGAUUUGGUUCUCUGCUCCACCGUUGGAUGUUAUUCCCCUUCCCAAACCACGUCAUUCCGAUCAUUAUUUGCAGUAUAAAGUCGAGCAAGCAGAAAAACAAAGAAAACGUAAAGCGAGGCAUGAUGCUUUUUUUGCACCAUCAAAACGUCAAUGCUUAGUUGGAUCGGACAUGAUUCGAAUUGACGAUAACAUUUUGAUCAGUUUACUUCAGUCCUUGGGAGAGGCCUACAUCCAAGACGCUAGUUCAUUUUAA